AUGCACAGAGAAUUGCAGUGUCCGGAGAUCUACAACCGGCCAAACGCGCCCAUCAAGCUGCGCAUCGAGCUGAACAUGAGCACCGAGAAAUCGACGAAAAUGAUCUCAAACCACGACGAAAUCGUCCCCGUUCCCUUCCCGUUCAAGCACCAGGAAAAGCGUACGAUUCUCGCGUUUGUCAACGAUUUGAAGCUGCAGGAAGCUGCCGUUGAAAGUGGCGCCGAGCUCUCCGUCGGGCAGGACGUCGUCAAUGGCGGUCUCGGCGACGAUCUGCCUGCCAUCAUUGAUCGUUUCCGCAACGGCGUGAAGCUGUCGAUCAAGGGCGACCCGGCCCUCUGCGUCCAUCGCAGCCCCGCGCUGGGCCCUUUUAUUAAUCGUUGCCUGAUGAUGACGAUUCCCGGCGAGGCCCAUUUGCGUUGGACG